AUGUGGCUAAAAUAUUUUCUCACAGCUCUUCUCGUGCUAUAUUCUUUCUUUUUCUUACUGUUAUUCAUCCGGUCUUCUUCAUCUUUUUAUUCUUCCUUUACUUCUCCCGGCUUAUGUUUUUUUUUUCCUCUUUCUUUUACUUUUCUCACUUUUUCCCACUCCGCUUCAUAUUUACCGUUACCUUUGAUUCGUUCUACUCUUUUUUCUCUUACCUAUCAUAACUUUCCUUCAUUCCUUCUUCUUUCCUCGCUCCCCCUUCCUCCCCUCCUUCCUUACUUUUUCCCUUCAUUCUUCCCUUCCUUCCUUCCUUCCUUUCCUUCCUUCCUUCCUUCCUGCCUCCCACACUUUCUUCCUUCCUACGUCCCCUCCUUCCUUCUUUCCUUCCUCCAACACUUUCUUCCUUCCCAUGUCCCCUCCUUCCUUCCUCCCUUCCUUCCUCCCACACUUUCUUCUUUCCUACGUCCCCUCCUUCCUUCCUUCCUUCCUUCCUUCCUUCCUUCUUGCUCCCACCCUCCGUUUCUUUCUUUCUUUCUUUCUUUCUUUCUUUCUUUCUUUCUUUCUUUCUUUCUUUCUUUCUUUCUACCUUUUUCUUCCUUCCACCUUUUCUUCCUUCUUCCCCCUGUCUUCCUUCAUUCCUUCCUCCCACCGUUCCUUCCUUCCUUCCUUCCUUCCUUCCUUCCUUCCUUCCUUCCUUCCUUCUUGCUCCUACCCUUCGUUUCUUUCUUUUUUCUUUCUUUCUUUCUUCCACCUUUUCUUCCUUCAUUCCUUCCUGUCUCCCUACCUCCCUGUCAUCCUUCCUUCCUUCCUUCCUUCCUUCCUUCCUUCCUUCCUUCCUUCCUUCCUUCCUAUGUCCCCUUCCUUUUUUCCUUCCUUUUUGCCCACACCCUCCUUUUCUUUCUUUCUUUCUUUCUUUCUUUCUUUCUUUCUUUCUUUCUUUCUUUCUUCCAACUUCUAACCCUUUUCAAUAUUUUCAGCUACAUGAAAUCCAAUAAAUCAACAAGAAUUGCCCUAAAAGUUAAAAGAACUUCACAUUAUUCUCUCUUCUACACCAUAAAGAUCGGGAUGAUGAAACAUUUUACUUGUAUUAACUCUCAAUUUCUCUCCCCCCCCUCUCUCUCUCUCUCACUCUUUCUCUCUAUAUCUAUCUAUCUAUCUAUCUAUCUAUCUAUGUGUCCGUGA